UUACGAGGAGGCGGCCCGAGACUUUAUUGGGCCGCAGGGCGACAGCCGAGCCGAUUGUGUUGUACUCGGCUGCGUGAUGACGCUCAUCGGGGUCUCAGUUUCCCUGAAAAAACAGUCGUCGUUCUUUCUCGGGCAAGCCGCCUCGAGCUCUCCCUCGAAAAAAAGAGACCGCCUCCACCACCACCAGCUCUCCACUCCGGCGACUCGAGCGUUCCUCUCGCAGAAGGACGGCGGUUCUGAUCGGCGGUUGCUAGCGUCACGUGUAGAAUGGCUUCAUCUCGCUUAUUGGUAAAACUGAAGAGGUGGAUAUGGUUUAUGCUAAAGCCAAAGGUGUUGCCAGGAUGCUGGUUAGUGUCCUAGAUAUUGAACUAGUUCCAGAUGAGGUUGUUUGGACCUUUGAAGGGAUGAGAUACACCCUCUAAUUGGAGAUUGAGAGUCCUACACUUUUUGAUGUCCCUGACUCUGAUAAAGAUACUCAUAUGACUGAUGGUGAUGAUGCCAGUGGUUCCAAAGAUAAUGCAGAGGGGUCAAAAGACUCAGGUUCCAAUGAUUUCCCUAAACACACUGCUACUCCACAGCAAAACCAGCCUCAUCCUGGUAAUGAUACUGGUCCAAACAACACUAUUGUGCACAGGGAUUUGCGGUUUGGUGCUUUUGAUCCCGCCUCCGCGCCGGCAAAAUUUGGUUCUUGGGCGGAGUCGCCUAGACUGCCGAGAUUUGCGGGGAAGACUUCCAACAAUUUCAAGGGAAGCGUGCAGUCUAACUCUGCGCUGAAACCGCUGUCGUUGGAGGAGUAUCUGGUCGGAGCUAAGGCUACGUCGACGACGCUUCCUAUUGUGCUUGGUGCACCUGUUACGUCGGCUAGCGCUGGACUUAUGGAGGUAUGCACUGCUGAUGGGCUCGGUCACCCAACCGGACAGCCGCAGGUUGCCGAUUUGUCGCAGUGUUCGCAGCUGCUUGCGGACAAAGCAGCAGCCUUAAUUGGACAUGCAGCUGCCCCUGCAGGGGUCGAGGAGUCGGCACAUCAGGGUCUGCAAUGCGGUGUUGUACCAGCGUUUGAACUGCCAGCUUCGGUUGCAAGUUUGGGAGGAGCAUCAGUACAUGAACCGACUCAUGUUGAGGAUGCGGCGCUGGCCUGCGGCGGUGCGGUGGCUACCGCACGAGCUGUCGAGACAAUUCCCAAUUUGGCCAUGCAUGAGGUUUUUAAUGCUGGGGAGGGCUGCGUUGCUGCUGUACCUCAGCAUGCUCCAGCGGCGGCCCAGGUUGUUCCUGUCGACGCGCUGGCCAGGAGUGGCAGGUGCAGCCCUUGUUGCUGCUCAGCCCGACGACGUGGUGGAUGUCUUUACGGAGGGUACGCCCAUGGCGGGAACCGAAGUACCUACUGCCGUUGCACCAGAGUCUGGACCGAUCUCGGUUGAUGAUGUCAUAGCAUUCGGAGGUGUUCCCAAACCGAUGGGUCUGGAAAGACGAUCUAGUCAACGGGUUCAGUCUCAAGCAGAUGUGGAUGACUUGCAGAUUGGACGGGCGAUGCAUAUGGCCAAAAUGAAGGAGUUUCAAAAUUCAAUAGGUCAUCUUCAAGGCUACCGCCUUGAUCCGCACGUGGUCCUUACUCACUCCUGUGGAAACCAGGGAGCCUUUGGUUACUGGGUGUGUCCGAUGGGAGAUGACAGCUCAGGUUAUCUUCAACCGAUAUGGAUGGCGGCAUGCUAAUAGGAUUGGACUUUAGUCUAGCCUAUCCGUGGGAUAUAGUCGGUUUUUCGGCGGUCUGAGCGCCAUGUAACUCUUUUUUGUGUCUUGAAUUAUCUCGCUUUUUUGUACUGCUCCAGACUAUUUCGUUUUGCAAUAAAAUGGUUGUAUGCAUCACU